CUUCAAUUAAACUCUCCCACCCUCAUUCUUUCCUCCCUACCCCGUCAUUCCUUUCCCUUUCUCCGAGUCUGACAAUGACUUCUUCCCGCCGCAACGGGCAAGCUCUGCCAUGUGAGCCCUGCCGCAAAGCCAAAAUCCGCUGCGAUAGUGCCACCCCAACAUGCCAGAAUUGUGUCCGUCGCGGUAAGGGAGAGAGCUGCGUAUUCACGCCCGUUCCGGCUUCUCGCACCUGGUACUCGGACAAUGCUCCCUCACCCACCGCAUCACCACGUCCCCAAACAGCCCAACCCCGCCCCGACUCCGCUGCUCUCCAGAACCGAGCCUCAUUCAACGCCGGCGACGACAAAUUGUCUUUCGAUUUCGCCACCAAUAAUUCGGCGACAUUCAGCGACAUUGGAGAUCAAUUCAAACGCUCUCUGGUCAUUGAUGCGCCCUCCGCGGCUCGGCCCGAUACGAAGCAGAUCCAGCUUGGCGCUCGACUGCUCACUAUGCUGUUCGAGCAUUUCGCGUUAUACGAGCGACUGUCUGAAACGGCGGUCGAGGUGUGGCCUGAGGGAUGUGUCCUGGGUCAUCGGCUGGUGAGCGGGAUGUUUGAGGCGUUGGAGGAUUUGCAUGGGGCGCUGGCUGCGGAUGCGAAGGACUUGCAGUCGAGUUUGCUUCGCUGGUCGCAGAAGAUCUUUGAUGAUAGUGCCAAGCCGCUGGCUGUUCAGCCGACUAUGUCGCCAGAGGACUAUAUCCGUCGAAUUUCUGGACGGUGGGAGGGUAUUGGACUGGUGUUUACGAUUGUUGGUCAGGGCGCUAUGCUUGAGCGGGAUUGGAGGUCUAUCCGUUCCAGUGAGGCGAAUGUGCCGAGGGAUCAGAAGUCGCUCGCUGCUCAGGCAGUUAGUGCGAGCGAUACUUGUUUGCAGUUCUGCGAUCUUUCUACGGCGGUCAAUGAUCCGUUGGGAUGGCUACUUUUUCAGCAUAUUCAUCUGCUAACGCUGGUGUGCGGUGAGAAUGAUCCUCGGGCGUGGAGAAGACUGGCCGAUCUUUCGACGACGGUCUUUACCCUCAGUCAUAAUGCACCUGAAGAGAAGCGCAUUCCAUUUUUCUUGCUUGAACUCCGCAAGCGACUAGUUGCCGGGGCUUACAGUAUUGACAAGCAGCUGGCAACUUUCUUGGGAAGGCCGCCUCAGAUUAGCUGGCGCUACUACGAUGUGCAGUUUCCUCUGGACUUGAGUUACGAAGAGAUUCUGGCGGAGCCAAAGGUCCGCGAGGCUGCCAUUAGCCUGCUUGACAAGACUGGCUGGAAUACCCAGGGGAUUGUGGGACAGGCUGCGUGGAUGCGCAUCGCCCUUCUUAUUGGAUCUACGAGAGAACAGAUUCUUGAACUAUCUUUGAGCCGACGUAUCGAAGAGUUGCCGCGCAAAGUCCAGGAGGUGUCGCAGCAAUCUCACAAGACAUGGAACGACUUGCCCGGCUUCCUCCGUUGGCGCCCGAGUGAUCCGGACACCAACGAUAGCAGCGUUCUCGUUCCAUUGUAUCUCAACUUCCUCUACAAUGACUUCCUCCUCUACCGCGUUCUUGUGCGCCGGGCACAAAGUGGAUCCGAGGGUCUAGUCAGUGUGUCACAGAACAUUCUCAGCACGAUCCUUGAGCUUAUCGGCAAGGAGAUCGGCUCGAGAACGGGCACUUACAAUGUUGGAUAUAAUGCUGCAUCUUUCGGUGUUCCAGCGGCCGGCGUUCUAGCAAUCGAGCUGCUCUGCCAAGCUGAAUCCCAGUCCCAGCUCCCCGCCACCGUCUUCCGGCGAUCGGAAGUCAUCCAGAAACUGACCGUCUUCGCUUCGCACCUGCAAUAUGUUGUCCGCCCGCAUGAUGGAAUGUAUGAGGUCUGUCAGCGCGCAAGAAGGGUCAUCUCCAGCAUUUUGGAUCGUAUCCUAACGGUCAAUCCUCCCGCACUGCCUGCAACCCUGCCGCCUGAUGUUCUGGCGACCAACUGGUUGAACGGAGAGAUUGUUGUUCUGGACGACGGAACCGAUCUUUUCCGAUGGAUUGACGGCUCCUCCGAUACCUCACGACGGGGGUCCUGGGCUUGAUCAGCACGCGCUGUAUGGUAUGAUGAUUAAUGACUGCCCACGAUGAGUAGAAGUAUCCUUGUUGGGUACUUGCAAAGAAUGAUGAUUGAUGAAAUACCCCAUGCUUCGUUAAAAGCAUACGAUGUCUAUGUUGUUCUCGCUCUAUUUCACUGAUGUUGUGGAAUGCUUAUCUUCUCCUUUAUGUGGCUACCUCUUCGCGCACCAGGCUCUUACCGGCCUAUGAGUUGAUCUAUCUGCAUGCGUUCCUCUUGGAUCUACCUGUGUUUACCUAAUGCUUUAAUGAAUAC